GUGAUUUAAGUUUAAGUUGAUUGGAACACCACUCAAAAAAGGAGGAAGGCGACAAGGAGGAUUUUAGGAUAUACCGGAAUAAAUCUAUUUGGUGGUUUACUGGACAUUCCAUUAUUGGAAAUUGGAAUAGGGGACUACUUUCUCCCUCGAAUGGAAGGCGGGAAGGCUCUCCGCCCACACUUUAUUUUAACACACAUUUCUUUACGCUAGUAGCAUCUUACCCAAACGCAAAUGGGUAUCGAUCCUUUCGUUAAAUGUUUCUUUAAAUCCCUCAUCUCCUCAUCUUUCUCAGCUCAUUAAUUCUACAACUCACACUAAGCCUAACAUUUUCUAACACAAGAAUGGGCGAUCUUCAUUCUGCAAACAACAAUGUAGAGGCCCAUAUUUCAGCCGUCAUUUUUGAUCUGGACGGCACCCUUAUAAGCACAGAGCACUUGACAAAGGAAAUUUUGAAGGAAUUUUUGGCUGGAUAUGGGAAGGUGCCAGAUAAGGAGAAGGAGAAGAAAAGAUUGGGCAUGGCCCAGAAAGAGUACGCUAUUGGCAUUGUUAAUGAUUAUGACCUCCCGCUCACGCCCGAUCAGUAUAUCGAAGCAAUCAUGCCCUUUUAUCAUGACAAGUGGUUGGAAGCCAAAGCACUUCCUGGUGCUAAUCGCCUUAUAAGACAUCUCCAUAAGCACGGAGUUCCCUUUGCCCUUGCUUCCAAUUCCAAAAGAAAAAACAUAGAUGGGAAAGUCGCUCUCCAAGAAGGAUGGAAAGAAUCCUUUUCCGUAAUUCUUGGAAGUGAUCAGGUUAAAUCAGGGAAGCCUUCUCCAGACAUAUUUAUGGAAGCUGCAAAGCAGAUGGGUGCAGAUGCAGCUCGCUGCCUAGUGAUAGAGGAUUCUGUUAUUGGAGUCAAGGCAGGGAAGGCUGCUCGAAUGAAGGUGGUAGCUGUGCCUUCUUUCCAUUCUGAAUUUGAUCAAUAUUCAAUAGCUGAUUCUGUGCUUCGUUCGCUCCUAGAGUUAAAGCCAGAACUAUGGGGUCUCCCACCAUUUGAAGACUGGGUUGGUAACGCGUUGCUGGUUGAACCUGUUUCUUUCAGGGGUCUGUACAGAAAUGGCCUCCUCCAUGAUUUUACAGAUGAUGGGCCGUCUGCUCUACCCGAUCAAGUGUUUGGACUUUAUUUUGGCUGGGCAAAACUGGAGGCGCACAAGAUCAUAAAGAUUGUUCUUGGCAGUGGUUGGGGACAUGGCUGCUGCAGUUCUAAGAGAAAGAUGCAAGCUUGUAUAGUAGAUUCAAGUGAUGAGCAGAUCCAGGAGUGCAAAAUGGAAGUUGUGAUUGUAGGCUACAUCAGAGGAUCACGCGAUGAGGGAAAAUCGGACAAAAUUGAAAUACUUGAGGAAGACAAAUCAAUUGCCAAUGCUGCCUUGAAUCGGUCUGAAUUCUCCCUUAGUGCAUUCCAGUCCCUCUUUUCUGAAGUUGCUUUAUAAGAUGACUGCAACCUUUAUGGAAAACUAAUAAGGACAUGAUCUUAUCGGCAUUAACACAGCGAGUAGUUACAUCUGUUACCCCGAAGGAGGAAAUAUGUCUUCCCCGGGAUCAGGGCGAAAAGAAUAAGAAAUAGUUUUGAAAAUUAGAACUUAAAUUAUGCUUCUCGUUUCUCGCGCUUACUCUCCAAGGAAGAGUGGCCUGCCUACAAAUCCUUCUGGAUGUAUUUCAUAGUUACUAUUAGUGCUUUGCCAAUGAAUUGAAAAUUAUCAAGUUGUGUUUACUUCA